GAGAGAGAGAGGGUGUGCGUAUAUGUGCGUGUCUGCGCGUGUACUCCGUAGUGUAAGUAAAUAUUCCCGUAUAUGGCAGGGCGGGUAGGUCAAACGACAGGGGUCGGGGUAAGUGGAGGUACGAUGUACAGUACUGCGCCCUACUUGAUUUUCUGCUCGUGGAAACUUAUCACCUGCCCAGCGUCACACUAUCCAGCCUAGGCGUUGUCAUGCCCGGGCUUAUCCAUAUCCAUCCUGUUCAUGCUGUCCACACGUGUAGCUCAGCCCUAAGAAAGCAUACCAGGCAGCCAGCAUGACCCCAAAGACGGCCAAGUUCUACACUGCAUUCUUGGGUAGAGGUGACUAACAUACCUUGUCGCCCACCUACCUAGCCCUAGUUAGGCAUGGGUGGGCUAUGAGGGGCUCAUGAUCAUGUAUUUCUUGGUAGAUGUUGGUUGUUGGCUCCCGUGCUGUCGAGAUGUGGCCUAGCCGUGCGGAUGGGAUGGGUUCAAAUAGGAACGCUGCUGCCUUUGCUAUGGAGUCGUUGGGUUCCCGAGGGAGGGUCUUGAGGACCAGAUAUAAGGCAGGACUGUGGACGCCUCCUCGCGAGUAUUUCCAGUCUAUUCUACUUCCCAACAGUCUGCCCACUUGCUCCUUGUAGUAUCCCACAUAACCAUUGCCACUUGUUACUAGUCGUAAUAAUGGCCGUCGGUGUUCCGUCCCGGUUGAGGUCAUACCUCCGCCGGAAGCUGGAGAAGUCGAGAAAAUGCACGGCCCCUGACCCAUCGACAAAUAUAAACACGACGGAGAAGAAUGAUUCGGCUCCGCCAACGCCUUACACAACAGUCAAACCCAUACCCAUCGUGCCUACGCCAAGGGCUAGAUUUGAUGAGCAACAAAACAGCUCCUUUUUUCAAAAGCUCCCUUUCGAGAUCAGAUCGAUGAUCUAUGCCUACGUCUGGCAGGGAACUUACGAUCACAUGUACCAUGAAUCCAAUGGGCGGCAUUUACAUUUCAAGCACGGCCACUGGGUCAGCACCCGUUGUGUCAUGUAUCAGGAAGAUGACGAGGAUACGGAUAUGAUUCAGAAGCAGAUGGAUAUAAUACGGCACUCGGGCAUUGGAGACCUACUUAUGUGGCAACGAAGGCUUGCUUCGACAUGGGGCCAGCGUCACUGGAGAUGCGCAGAAAGGAUCGAGUACGGGAGGCCAACCUCCAUCGACCGUACCGAUUUGGGAGCACUCAUGGUUACGUGUAAAAAGAUGCAUCCAGAAGUGAUACAGUCCUUCCUUGAAUGCCACAAGAUCAUAUUCAACGACCUCUUCUCAGCUCAUCGGUUCCUAGCGCCGUCUGGGCGUCACUCUCCUCUUAUUCGACACAUCCGGAAGCUCGAGCUCACAUUUAGCGUGCCCUUCCAUGAGUUCACACCCUUCAUGGUCAUUGGCUGUCCGGACACCGACGACCACCGUGGGGAUGCCGCCGAGCGCACCACCUCGCUCGCGAAGGCCAAGAGCAGCCGCCUGGGCGCUGUCUUCGCCGCCGUCGCGGAGCACCCCACAUGCCUGCACAGCUUGCGGAUCUCGCUCGAUGUCUACGACCGCGGGCCUUGGCGGAAAUUGCCCGAACGCACCCUCGCGUUAGUAUUAGAGCGCAUCCCCGUGCGGAGGGGGAAAAGGGGCGAGUCAAACUACACCCUCGAGCUUCCACCUGCAUUACCUAUUCGGACGCAUUAUACCGGCUUGCAGGAAUUAGAGGAGGACGAUGAGAAUGGCGGGAAGAGAGCUACGCGAGCACCGAUGUCGUUCCAUGUCAUGCGAAGAAUGCCCUUGAGGUAUUGGCAGUUCAACCCGGGCGAGGUCGAGCACUUCGUCUGGGAGACGUGCCAGGGUGAAAAGCGGGAACACUGCUAUAUCGCGCUGAGCAAGACCGCAAGACUCAUCUCCAACCCGUACCUCGUCGACUUCACCCAAAGGUGAUGAAGUGGAAUGUCAUUUUGGUGUGUGCUGUGCACUCGCCAUCUACUGUGAGGCUGCCUACCUUGAUGGUCGGCCACCUGCCGUUGACGUUACGUCUUCUAUCAUCACUUGCUUGCACUUUAGACGAGGCGAGACGUACUAAUUAUAGGAUUGGGAGGGAAAUAUGCGUUAAUAGAUGAUCAGCGUGGUCGCAGGAUCUUGAGGAAUGACCCCACUGGUG